AUGGCUGGCCGCGCAAAUGGGGCCGGCAAUGCCAACGGUGCCCAGUACACCGUCACCCGGUUGAGUCGCUGGUCUGUCGCAGAUAAGCAGCUCCCUCCUGUGGAUAAGAUUAAGGCUCUGCAUGUUUACGAUUUUGACAAUACACUCUUCAACAGCCCCUUGCCCAAUCCGAAGUUAUGGAACGGACCGACAAUUGGUUUUUUGCAGACCCAGGAUACGUUUGCGGGUGGCGGAUGGUGGCACGAUGCCAGAAUCCUCGCGGCCACUGGUGAGGGUAUUGAAAAGGAAGAGCCUCGUGCAUGGGAUGGCUGGUGGAAUGAGCGGAUCGUUGAGCUUAUCAGGCUUAGCAUGGAGCAAAAAGAUGCCCUGACGGUCCUUCUGACCGGCCGCUCUGAACAUGGCUUCGCAGAAUUGAUCAAGAGGAUGGUUGGAAGCAAGAAACUCGAUAUGGACUUGAUCACCCUAAAACCUCUGAUCGGACCGGACCAUGAGCGUUUCUCGAACACAAUGGGUUUUAAACAGGCAUUUCUGCAAAACCUCAUGGAGACGUACAAAUACGCCGACGAAAUUAGGGUUUAUGAGGAUCGGGUUCGCCACGUCAAAAUGUUCAGAGACUUCUUCACGGAAUAUAACAGGCGGCAGAACGGCAUUGGAGGAUCACCGACUCGGGGACCACUCCUUGCCGAAGUCGUCCAAGUUGCAGAUGGUGCUACCCAGCUUGAUCCUAUUGUAGAAACUGCUGAGCUGCAGCGCUUGAUCAAUGAUCACAACGCAAUGGUUACCAAGGCCCGGCGAGGCACACGUCUUCAAAUCAAGAAGACAGUUUUCUAUACUGGAUAUUUGAUCGAACCCACUGACACCCAGAAGCUACUUACACUAGCUCAGCUCCCACCAACCAUGCCAGAUAACGAGAUGAAAUUUCUUGCAAACAAUGUCCUCAUCACCCCUCGACCUUGCCCGGACAGCAUAUUAGAGAAAGUCGGUGGCAUGGGCAGUAAAACAACCUGGGAGGUAACUGGUACGGCUGUUUUCGAAAACAAGAUCUGGGCAGCGUCUGUCCGAACUGUCCCAGAGUCCAAGAAGUGCUAUACGGAAAACCCCGAACCAAUCGUGGUCCUCGCUCUACGAAAGGGUGCUCGGCCCAUCGACGCAGGUAAGAUCCAGAAUUGGCAGCCUGUCCCAUCAGAGAAACAAUUUGUGUUUGAGAGUACGGUGGGUGAGAAGGUCUUGCUUCGUAUCGAAGAAGAGAAUCUCACCGAGAACGAGUACGAGAGCUUAUUUCCCAAUAAGGCUUUGAAGCGCAAGCAUGAUGAUGAAGGGAGGUCAUCCGGUGGCUUUUAUGGCAAUGGACAGGGCCAAGGAGGUGGCAGAGGCGGGUCCUACCAGAAAGAGAAUUAUGGCGGCCGAGGAGGAAGGGGAAAUCAUCGUGGUAAUGGGCCUCAACGAGGUGGCCAUCGGGGCAACAACCGUGGCGGUGGACGAGGCAGAGGCCGUGGAGGCGGUUAUGGCUACCGGUCGCUCGACGAUGUGGGCGAAAAGCCCAGUGGCACAGGCACCCCGCCCUAUAAUGCUGCCGUGGCAUACGAGGAUUUCCCCCCGCUUCAGAAGCAGUAUCAGACGCCUCAGCAACUGGUUCAGCAGCAGUUUCAGCAGUAUGAACAGUAUCAGCAAUCGAUGCAGACGAAAGGCGGUAAUAAUAACGGAGGCGGAAAACAGGGUGGCGGAGAGUUGCAAUACUCUUGA